CUCUUCUUUUCUGGGACUGCUGGGACCAUGGUGGUGAGAAGCUCUGGCCCAGGUCCACACAGACGGCCGCUCCGGCCCUGGUUGCGGGUUUGUUUUCACAGCACUGAGCGGCGCGCUGAUCAGAGCGGCUGCAGCAGUCGGAGCGGAGCGCACCAUCAGCCCGGUAACACGACACCUGUCUGCCACGUUCAUUCCUCCUCGGUAGGUCCACUGCUCUGCUUCGGACAUGAAGAACAAGCAUAACCAGCAGGUGAAGACAUCGGCUUCCAACCGAUUCGACAUGUCCAGCUUCGAGGUGUCUCUCCAGCAACUCAACGAUCUGUUGACGGACGAAAGCGGCUUCUACAGCUGGCCAACAAAACACUUCCACGAGGUUUACCCACGGAUCUACGUCGGCAAUGCAUUUGUGGCGACGAACGUGAUGCGCCUGAAGCGCCUCGGCAUCACCCACAUCCUGAACGCCGCCGAGGGAAACUCCUUCAUGCACGUCAACACCAGCGCCGAGUUCUACGCCGGCACGGGCAUCAUCUACCACGGCAUACCGGCCAGCGACACAGACCACUUCGACAUCAGCGUUUACUUUGAAGAGGCAGCAGACUUUAUCGAGAAGGCUCUGGCAUACAAAAAUAGAAAAGGUAAAGUGUACGUUCAUUGCAGGGAAGGCUACAGCCGCUCGCCUACCUUAGUCAUCGCCUACCUGAUGCUGCGCCAGAACAUGGACGUCCACACUGCUCUGGCCAUGGUCCGACAGAAAAGAGAGAUCGGACCCAACGAUGGCUUCCUUCGGCAGCUCUGUUGGCUAAACCAGAGGCUGGCUGCCGAGGGGAAGUUCUGGAACAAAUGAGACAGGCGGGAAAGCAGGGAGAGCGUAAGAGAGAGCAACAGUAUGCUUGAAGGAGCCACAGAUCUGUGAGGGAAUGUUGUGGAAGGGAGGAGAGUCAAAAAUGAAAGACAUUUUCUUUCAGUUGUGAAUAUUAUAUUGAUCUCGGCUCACCUCACGUUUCAGAUCCAGCCUGUAUAGUUUAAUCUCACUGUUUCAGACAACAUUUAAAAAAUUAUAAAGUGUUAAUAAACAUUUAAAUAUGGUGGAAGUGGUGAAUAUUUAGAUAGUGUAGUGUUGUGCGAUACUGUCGGCGCCUUUUCUCAUCCAGGCUUCAUUUGUCUUCCACCCUCGUGGCGUCGGACCCUCAGUCUCAGCCUUGCUAUUGAAAACACUGCCAGCUGUCUCAGUGUCAGACACUCCCAGAGGGGACUUCAAGUGGAUACUGUGAUUCUUAUUGCACUAGAUAAAAAUAUCAAACUCUUUUUCAACUUAGAUUGUUCAAAUACCUAUAAAUAUAUUGUGUAUGUUUUAUGGAAGUGCAAAUAUUCUGGCCUCACAUCUAGUAGCCUGCCUCAAAUGUAUUUCUCAGUCUCAGUCUUUGCAGUUAUUGUGCUUUAUUGAGGAAUUUUACAGUAUUUGGCACUGAAAAAUGAAAAUUAAGGUACUUUAAUAUUGUUGGAACUGCUAAACAUACGUGGAAUCAUUUAUUACAGAAAAUAUUAUAAAGAGAGUUAGAUGAAAAGAUUGAUUAGUUUAUCUGCACAUUAAUCACAAAGCUACAGUUGCCAGUUAGCUUACCAAAUACAAACAGCUACACAGACACACAGUAACUAAUAUAAAAAUCUGAAAAUUCACAAUUGGACAUAUUUGUACAGCGUAUUUUUGUAAAAUUAAACAAACAAGGCAUAGCAUGUUAAAUAUUGAGCCUUACAAUGUAUCUUUGCACAAAGCCAGGGUUUUUUUUCCCCCUUUCAUUGCUAAGCUAACUACCUGCUAAAAGUAGCUUUGUACAUAUUUAGGAUACAUAGACGAGCUGUAUCAGAAAACUUUUAAUGUAGAGCUCAACAGUAACCACUCAGAUUUUUUUAAGGGCUCAGGUUGAGUUUCAAAAAAUCCUUAAAGAGUUUUAAGCCUUGAACCAAGCCAACAAGCUACAAAAUCAAUCAUGAGCAUGAAAAGUUUUGAUUUGAAUCAAGAAAAUGAGAGAAAAUAAAAACAAUGCAAAGGUGCAAGACUGCAUACAUAAUUACUUUAAUGGUGAAUAAACUACUCAUCCCAUAACCCACUCCAACCUUCUUAAAUGUAACCAUUUCCAUGAUCACGGUGUUGUAUAACAGUUUUGAAUCUAUUUUGUAGUUUGUGCUGUGUGUGCAGUAGAGCAUAGCCUAGUUAUUGAUAUGAUUCAGUGCUUCAUUCCUGACUGCAAUCACCACUUUCACAGUUUCUGAAGUUUCCUGCACAUGUUCAAGGGUUUAAACAUUUCCAUGGAAACAGUGGCCUCCACCAAUCAGAGACAUCCCUGUUUCAGUUUAGGAUUGUGGGUAGAGCUUUAGCAUGAAAUUGUGAUUAAAAGUAAUUUAUGUGAAAACAAGGUUGAUAUCACAGUGUCAUAGCUUGUAGUAAGUCUGCUUUGGAAGGUUACAAUAUUACAGCUCAUAAUCAAGAUUAUGAAUGGGAAUUUUCCUUUUAAAAAUGCAUUAUUAUCACAGCCCUCUACUCUCUGCACUUGUGAGAUAUUCUGCGGGGUCCUUGGAGCUGUAGCCCACUAAUGUAAAUUUUGUGUGAUAUAUUUCGUCUGUCAAUUUUGUUGUCAGUGCUUUUUAAAGAAGGGGUUGACAUGAGAGAUGCAGUUCCAGUUUUAUUUUAUUUUUUUAGCUGUUAAACUCCUUUCACUCCAAGUCAUCUUGCAAAUGCCUCUGCUGCACUUCUAGUGCGAGUACACAGCUCAAUGGGAUGAACAGGAAGUUGAGUAGCACUCCUCGAUUGGUCUGGGGGUAUCAGUGCUCAUCUAACUCUCAUCAUAACCAUGAAAACUAUUUCCAAAAAUGUCCAACUGCUCCUUUAAUGUUAGCUCUGGGAGAUACUGUGAAUUCUUCCACUGAGAAACUCCAACUGUACACUGACUGUAACGUUAACACUGCCAGAAAGUGACAAUUGUUUUGCUGGUUACUUCUUAGCCAACACCUUUUGCACAUUUGUAUGUUUAUAUGAGUGUUUUUGUCACACUGUGUAUAGUUUUAAAUUGUACAGCAGCAUGUUUUGGAAUAUGAGCUUAAGCCAAAGUGUCAUUUUUAGUCACAUAGCUGUGUAUCUGUGUAUAUCUGCUGAGUCAUAGUGUACAUUAUUAAGUGUGCGUUAUGUAUCACAAUGUGCUUUAUUGUGUCCGUUACUUGUGAAUCAUCGUGUGCAUUACUGAGUAGGUCAUGAUGUAACUGCUCGUGUCAGUAGACUGUGAUUGAGUCUCACAGCUGAUGACGCUGCUCUUAUGAAGUGCACUUUAUCCAAUGACACUGGUGAUUGUU